GAGUCUAAGUCGUCUGUCGGCAGUUAUUCUCCGACUGCUCAGUUGCGAACCAAUGGUGGUAGAAACUUUUCAAGUUCGUAAGCGUGGCUUCGCCGCCGCCGUAACUGUCGGCGAUAAGGAGACGAUGAAGGUGGUGCCGGAUUUCAAGCCGGUUCAAUACAGAGGCGUGCGGAAGCGACCGUGGGGGCGUUACGCGGCUGAGAUUCGAGAUCCGUGGAACAAGACAAGGAAGUGGCUGGGGACAUUUGAUACUGCAGAGGAAGCUGCCAUGGCUUACGAUGAAGCUGCGAGAACCUUCCGUGGAUCCAAAGCUAAGACUAACUUCGGUGAUGGAGGUCUCGCCAUCACCGGAUCUGCUGUUGCUGCUGGUUCUGAAAUGUUUCAAAGGCAGCUGAAGGAAUGGCCUCCCGCCUAUGUUACUGGUGACGGUCGGAGCUUAUUUUCCUCCGUCGGAGUUCCGGCGGCUACUCCGGUUAGUUCUGGUUUUACAGGAUAUAAGUUUGUGGCAGUAGAGGUGGUGGUGAGAAACGAACAGGAGAAGAUGAAGGAGGAGAAAAAACCGUUGUCCAUCGAUCUUAACCUCCCUGCUCCUCUCUUCUGAUAGUAAGUUCGCCGGUA